AUUAAAAGGCCCGUGGGGCCAGUCUCUCACCAACUGGCAACCCCUUGAUCCCUCUUGACGUGGGUCCCCAAGUUGUUUCAUCAGGUCUCAGCGCGACCUUGGCAAGCAUUUACUCGAUCCACGCAACCUCGACGUCUAUUCUAGGGGUGCUUCAAACUUAUUUUUGAGGGGCAUUUGUUUCACCAUGAGCACUCGCCCAUACAGUGCUCUUUCCCAAGCAGAUAUCCUCGAUUGUAUUCCCUCCACUGGGUAUUCUGCGUAUUCAGUAAAUGAUUUUUUUGAGGGUAUACGGCGCAGCCGGAACGCGGCGACCACCAAGAUCCUGUCUUGCACUCGCUAUGGCGACAAUAAUGGUGUGCCCCACCGGUUUCUGAUCCUCCACGCCCAGAGAGAACCCGAGAAAGACUUCUAUGUUCGUCUGGAUCGUCGGCCGGACAAUAGUAAUGGGGGCCUUUUGUCCAACUUGAGCAAAUCACCUGCACAGGACACUGUGGUCAUUUCGGGAAGUAUGGAGAAGCUAUGUCAACAAUGUCAACACAUGUCAAGGGAUGAAGCAAGGAUGGAAUUUCCUACCAAACCAUCCCUCCUCGAUAUCGGAAAGGUUAUUGCGUCCAUCGCAUCGGAGUCGCAAGCCUACCGUUUGUCUAGGGAAAACUGUUGGUUCUUUGCCUCCAUCACGCAGGACUUGUUCAUGCGUUGUUUCGAUGCGCAUUACGAUAGAGGCCAAUUGAAUCACCCAGACCUCGUCAGGCAACUCCGAGUGACCAUAAGAUCACGGGUUUACCGCGACGAACUUCGUCUCGGAGACUUGUUGCAGCCCAUAAAGCAAUUCGCCCAAGAUAUAGGUGACGUGGAACUGACCGGGGCGGUGUAUUUUGCCUUGCGGAUUAUUGUUCAAUGCCAUAAAGCCUUUUUUACUCAGUAUCCACCUCAAGACUUUUUUGCUGCGGAAGCGGAAGUGCGCCAGUUGCUUGGCGCCUUUAUCAUUGCUCUCCAUGAACACCUCCUUGGGGUCCUUGGAAUCCAGGGUAUGAUAAAGUUUUCAGAUGACUUUGCUUCCCAGUUACAUAGGCUUUGCCAGAGCUGGAGCGCUGAACACCACAUGAACUUGUCCCUCACGCACCGGACGAGGCAUCCGUUUACCGUAUUUAGUUUAUCUUUAACUGAACUCUUUGGGUUUCCACUCUCGGGCGAAGGUUGUGACUCAGAUAAAUCGCUCGUUUUUCAUCUCAUUUAUGGCUCGAAUGGUGCCGCAAAAGACCCUCAAUGUUCCCCACUUCCAGGCCACAGGCUUGUCCUCCUGCUCCUUAAAUCACUUCGAUGCGCUGAAAAUUUGAAGUCUUCGCCAUUAAUGGGAUCGCAGCACUUGAGGAACCGACAUGUGUUCAAUCUCCAAACGGAAUUUGACAGGGUCAUCCCUCCUCAGGUGCGAUCGCUUUGGCAGCACUGUCAUUCUAUCCUAUGUGAAUGUGGUUCGAGGGUCGAGCAAGCCCGAUCAGUUAUGUCGAGUUCGAUACCAGCACUUCUGCAUUGGGUAGCGGCGAUGGGCAUCAUGGGCGAACUUGACCAAGCCUGUCAUGUCUUGCACAAAUUCGAACGAUAUCUGGCUUCGGAGGAAAGGGCCGGAGUUCGUGAACUAUACCGAUUGGUUCUUCAAUCCAAAACUUCCAUCGCAACACAUUCCUUAUCACUUCUUGGCGGCUUUUAUCCUUUCAUUCCGUCUUACAGCCGGCUUCGUUCCCUUUACCCCGUGGAGACCAACACAACACGUUCCAAGGCAUGGGUGGCUGCACAUCGAGUGACAUCGAGGGUCUCAUGGUCCCCAUGUGUCGGCCAAUUUCAACAUCCGGGCGUAGUGCUGUCGUUGGCAUACUCGCCAAAUGAAUCGUACGUGGCCACCGGUUCGCGUUCCGCUGUGUACGUCUGGGCUGCAAAGUCUGGAGCAAAACGUCGGACGUUCGAAGGUCAUAUUCGAGACGUGUGUUCCGUGGCCUUCUCACCCGACAGUACACGCCUUGCGUCCGCUGACGAUGGAAAGGUCUGCAUUUGGGAUGUAGCAACUGGGGAGCUGCUCCGGGAGCUCGACGGGUGCACAAGCGUUGCGUUCUCACUCCAUGACCGUCACAUGGCUACUGCUGCCCCUGAUUGCGCCGUAAAAAUCUGGGAUGUGGAAUCAGGAGAACUCUCCCAGACGCUCACUGGGCACACGAGCCAGGUUAACUCCGUUUCUUUCUCGCCCAACGGCCGUUACCUUGCGUCAUGUUCAGAUGAUAAGACUGUGCGUGUCUGGGCAGUAGCAGCUGAGGUUUCGCUCCACCGUCUCCUUGAAGGGCACAGUGACAGGGUGGUAUCCGUCGCGUUCUCGCCCGAUGGCUCGCGCUUGGCGUCCGCAUCGUACGAUACAACUGUGUGCAUCUGGGACGUAGAGUCUGAUGCCCCCCCGCGGAUUCUUGGAGGUCACAAUGACGCCGUAUGCUCUGCCGUGUUUACACCGGACGGUCUCCAUCUGUUCACCGCUUCACGAUCCAGUUCGUAUGUCCAUUUCUGGAACGCUGUAACUGGAGAUCUACUCGGACAACUUCCGGCUCCUGUUGGAAGUAGCGGUUGUCUUGCAUUUUCGCAUCACAAGCGCCGCCUCGCCACUGGUUCAGAAAACAGUGUGCGAGUGUGGGAAGUGCCGGCAGAAUGGUGUCUCUCCGGGUCUGUGGGACAUAUUGGACCUAUCUCAUCAAUCGCCAUCUCGUCAGCUAGUCGUCGUGUAGCGUCAGCUUCGGAGGAUAGCACAGUGUACAUUUGGGACAUGGCGACGAGCUCGCCACUUUGGAAGCUCGAAGGACACGCCGAGGGGGUCUAUAGUAUUGUAUAUUCGCCUGAUGCUCGUCGCCUGGCCUCCACUUCGAAGGACAAAACGGUGCGCAUCUGGGAUGUGAGAAUAGGAAUAUUACUCUGGACGCUCGAAGGUCAUACCGGGGAGACCCUUGAUGUUGCGUUCUCACCUGAUGGUCUUACUCUCGCUUCCACAUCCAGAGAUAUGACCACUCGCGUUUGGAGCGUGGAGACGGGGACGCUUCUUUGGACCAUUCAUCUUAAUGGAAUACAUGACGCAUAUUCGUUGAAUGACCGUCACCUCUGCAUCUGGGACGCGACAACCAAGAAUCAAAUUUUGGACUUGCCAUUGCCCCCAUUACCCUACAGAUUCGAUGGCCAUCCUUGGGACCAUAUCUCGUUUCAGAGCGAUUCGUCCAUAUUGCUUAAAUCCAAACAUUAUUCUGCAAUAUUCGAUAUCACUGAAAAGACCCUGACCGCCCCGUCACCCUCACAAGCAGAGUCCCCUUCCUCGGCACCCACUGUCGUUUUGGAUAGUUCCGAGAACUCCCUCUAUGUCAAACGAGAAGGGGGUAGCCUUCGCCUUUGUUUCCUUCCCGAUUACUUUGAAGCCACCACUCCUGUAGUGCAGAACGAAAGCUAUGUCUGUAUAGGGGGGAAAUCGGGUGAGGUUGUUUGUGUUGAGCUUGAUCCAGCCUCCCCCUCUGUUCAGUAUUCAAGCCUCACCGCAUUCCCAUUCACCCGGUUGUACGCGUAAUAGACACUUAUACGCAAGCUAGCACAACGAAUUCGCUGAUUCGAGUCCCGAUGUCUCGUACUUCUCGGUUGCAUCUCCAAGCGGCGCAGCUUCGAAGCCCUGGCCAUCAACACGUUGGUUUCUUUAUCCUAUUGUUAUGGGAUUGGAAUAUGUAUUGAUCAAGCCGUACCCGCGUGCCCUGGGGUUCUGGGCUGAUGCGGCAUUCUUCUCAUCUCCAUGACGCCCAUUGACCAGCCGUUCCACCUCUCAUCCAUCAACGGCCUGUGUCAGCCACACCGUCCCUCAUUUGGGAUCUUAAGAUAAUUCUCAAUGCUGAUAAUUUUC